UUCUGCGCGGGGAGCUCCGUGUGAAGGAGAUCGGAGCGGUUUUUAAACUGCCAGCAGCUCCGUUUCUGGACAAAGAUCAUUCCCGUUAACGGAGUCACAGCUGGAACUGAAGGACGAAGGAGACGACGGUUCCACGCGUCCAGAUGUUGGAGCGGAGUCGGUGGAUGAGAGCAGAAGUUCAGAUGAAGGUGUGUGUGUGAGCUGAUGUGGACGUGAAUUCAGCAGAAUGGACCAGUGUGAGGACGGAGAGAACGGAGUCCCUCCCUCUAAAACCUCUCUGUGUGGGGAACAUGAGAGUCGGAGCAAAGCUCAGAGGAAUCAACCUGGACCUGGACCUGGACCUGCACCUGGACCUGGACCUGGACCAGGACCUGGACCUGGACCCAGCUGUGUGUCCUUGAAGAGCGACUGGUCAAAGGACUGGUUCAUUGGAUUUAAAGGAGACCAACGUUCUUCUUCAGAUAGAGUGGACCAGCAGAUCUCAGAGUCCCCCAGUGGUCCGUCUGUCCAGCAGCAUCAGACCCAGCUGGACUCCAUCUUUCAGCUGCUGGAGGACGACAUCGUCCUGUUUGUGAAGAACGAGCUGAAGAAGAUCCAGAGGGGUCUGAGUCCAGAUUACCCAGAAUCCCUAGAGCAUGUGUUGCUUGGUGAGGAUGAAGAGCAGAGGAGCAUCAGAGAUGCGUUUGUGAAGAUCACAGUGAACUUCCUGAGGAGAAUGAAGCAGGAGGAGCUGGCUGAGCGUCUGCAGAGCAGUACUUUUGCUGAAGUUUGUAAAAAGCGGCUGAAGUCUAAGCUGAAGAAGAAGUCCCAGUGUGUGUUUGAGGGGAUCAUUAAAGAAGGAAACCCAACCCUUCUGGAGCAGAUCUACACAGAGCGCUACAUCACAGAGGGAGGGGCCGGAGAGGUCAACGAAGAGCAUGAAGUCAGACAGAUUGAAGCAGCUUCCAGGAAACCAGACGGAGCAGAAACAGCCAUCAGACAGGAAGACAUCUUUAAACUCCAACCUGGAAGAGGAGGACCAAUCAGAACGGUGAUGACGAAGGGAGUGGCCGGCAUCGGGAAAACAGUCCUAACACAGAAGUUCAGUCUGGACUGGGCUGAAGGCAGAACCAACCAGGACAUCCAGUUCCUGCUUCCAUUCACCUUCAGAGAGCUGAAUCUGCGGAGAGAGGAAAAGUUCAGCUUGGUGGAACUAGUUCAUCACUUCUUCAGUGAAACCAGAGAAAUCUGCAGCUUUGAAGAGUUCCAGGUCGUGUUCAUCUUUGACGGUCUGGAUGAGAGUCGACUUCCUCUGGACUUCCACAACAAUGAGGACCUGACUGAUGUUACAGAGUCCACCUCAGUGGACGUGCUGCUGACAAACCUCAUCAGGGGGAACCUGCUUCCUUCUGCUCGUCUCUGGAUCACCACACGACCCGCAGCAGCCAAUCAGAUCCCUCCUGACUGUGUUGACAUGGUGACAGAAGUCAGAGGGUUCACUGACCCACAGAAGGAGGACUACUUCAGGAAGAGGUUCAAAAAUAAGAAGCAGAGCAGCAGGAUCAUCACCCACAUCAAGACAUCACGGAGCCUCCACAUCAUGUGCCACAUCCCAGUGUUCUGCUGGAUCACUGCUACGGUCCUGGAGAACGUCCUGGAGAACGUCCUGGAGAACGUCCUGGAAACCAGAGAGGGAGGGGGGCUGCCCAAGACCCUGACUGAGAUGUACAUCCACUUCCUGGUGGUCCAGGCCAAACUGAAGAAGGCCAAGUAUGACGGAGGAGCUGAGACGGAUCCACACUGGAGUCCAGAGAGCAGGGAGAUGGUGGAGUCUCUGGGAAAACUGGCUUUUGAGCAGCUGCAGAAAGGAAACCUGAUCUUCUAUGAAUCAGACCUGAGAGAGUGUGGCAUCAAUGUCAGAAACGCUUCAGUGUACUCAGGAGUGUUCACCCAGAUCUUUAGAGAGGAGAGCAGGCUGUACCAGGACCAGGUCUUCUGCUUCAUCCAUCUGAGUGUCCAGGAGUUUCUGGCUGCUCUUCAUGUCCAUCAGACCUUCAUCAAGUCUGGAGUCAAACUGCUGGAGGAACAAAGACACACCUCCAGAUGGUUUAAAACCAGAGCCGUGACUGACCUCCAUCAGAGUGCUGUGGACAAGGCCUUACAGAGUCCAAACGGACACCUGGACUUGUUCCUGCGCUUCCUCCUGGGUCUUUCACUGGAGACCAAUCAGACUCUCCUACGAGGUCUGAUGACAUCAAACCAAAGAAGUUCACAGAAAAAUCAGGAAACUAUCAAAUACAUCAAGGAGAAGAUCAGUGGGGAUCUGUCUGCAGAGAGAAGCAUCAACCUGUUCCACUGUCUGAAUGAACUGAACGAUCGGUCUCUGGUGGAGGAGGUCCAAGAGUCCCUGAGGUCUGGACGUCUCUCCACAGAUAAACUGUCUCCUGCUCAGUGGUCGGCUCUGGGCUUCAUCUUACUGUCAUCAGGAGAUCUGGAGGUGUUUGACCUGAAGAAGUACUCAGCUUCAGAGGAGGCUCUACGGAGGCUGCUGCCGGUGGUUCAAGCCUCCAAGAAAGUUCUGUAAGAACCAACAGACACAUGUUGGACCUCUGGAGUGGAGGCUACUUUCUGACUACGUCUGGUUUUACCUCCACAUUUAAUAUUUUCUUCACUUGUUUGGGUCUUUUUUCAGCACAACC